GACUUUUAACAAUGGCCGAGGACUUACAAGAAAGUUUGACGAAUUAUAAAUUGCAAUUACAACAGGUGGAAGCUGCUCUCACAACAGAUCCCAGUAAUGCUGACCUAAAUAAACUCAAGGUAGAUUUACAGGAGGUGAUAAAUUUAACAGUAGACCUGAUAAAGAACCAGGCAGGUGCUGUAGCUACUGCUGUCGUCGCUGCUGCUACAUCUACUGAUGACAAUGAAACCUCUACAGCAACACACAGCUGGAAUGUUGGAGACAAGUGCUCUGCUGUAUACUCAGAGGAUGGCAUGUAUUAUGAUGCAGUUAUAGAUGAGGUGUUGGAAGAUGGUUCUUGUACUGUGACAUUUGAAAGCUAUGGUAACACAGAUCUAACUCAGGUAUCUUUACUCAAACCGCGGGAUUCCAGCCUGAAGCGUGCGGCCGGUGAGGAGGCCGAGGGUAGCGGAGGGAAGAUGAAAAGGAAAGAUAAGCUGGCAGCCGAGAGGGAAUACAAGAAGAAAAAGAAUGAAAAGAAAAGACAGAGGCAGAAGCAGCAGGAAGAGGAAAGGGAAGACGAGAAAAAGAAAUGGCAGUCCUUUAAUGCCAAGAAUAAGAGGGUAGGUUUUAAUAAGAAGAGCAUUUUUGCCACCCCGGAGGCUCCUACUGGGAAAGUCGGCGUUGGAACUUGUGGCAUCGGCGGCAGACCUAUGACAAACUAUCACCAGAACGAGAAGUGGAAGAAGGGUCUCUGAGACAAACAAUCCUCAAUCUGAGUUCUUAAAAAAGAAAAGAUCUUUUGUUGUCCUUAUUAUUGCUGUAGACAUCAUAUCUGCAGUGUAAGGUGGGAAAAAAAAAACUUAAGACACUUGCACUUGUCAAGAAGAGUUCUGAAUCCAUGGCACAAAAAAAAAUAUGAAUGUUUAUACAAUCUGCCAACAACUGGAGAUGGACAGCCGUAGAAAGAACCCUGGACUUGUACGUGUGGACUUGCAUGUUAUAAAAGAGAUGAUGUGGAUUCAACUUCUCCAACUCUGACUGGGUUGUCAAUGGUGAAUGUUAGGUGGGAGAGCUUUAAGAUGUGAACACGUUGAACUAAGUUUAUAAGGAAGGAAAAUGUAUCCCGAUUUCCCACAUCACUCGUUGCAGAAACCUGACUGCAUAAUUAGCAUUGAGAAGUGGUAUUGAGUAUAAAUUCUAAUUUUUUUUUUUUUUUUUUUUUUUUUUUCAGAAGUAAGGAACUGGUUCUUUUAUUCACAUUUCAUGAUUGGAAUACACAAUUGUUGAAAAAAGAAGUUUUAACACAUGUUAACAGUGUUAAAAGCCGGAUGUAAUGAAUCAUUUUGAAAUAGUUUUUAUUUAUUUAUUUUUGUACUGAUUCUACAGGCCUUUGCUUUUUUAUCGCAAAAUUCUCAUUUGACAAACAUGUAUGAAGUGAAUACAUUACAAAAGAAGCUGAUACUGAUUUGUUUUAGUUUAAGUGUCAAACGUAUAUUCUAGAUAUAUCUAGAUAAAUCAGUCUGCUUGUAGUUGGAAUAGUUGUGUGCCCCGACAAGAACGUAAAACAUAACGCUAGGUGGCUUGUGGUGCCAAGACGAACUAUGGGGCAAUCCCCUAUCUAUAAGUGCAAACUUGAGGUGCGGUGUAGUGCAAGGCCGCAUAUAAUCCAACCCUGUUGACUUGAUAAGAUGUACGAACCUUGCAACAGGGGAGGUGUACUUUUACGAUAGUGAAGGUACAUGGUGAAGGUCAUUUCUAUCAAGGUCAUUGAUACAGUGGAACUCUGAACUUGUGUUGCACCGAGUUGACAUUGUUGAUAAAGACUGAAUAAGAAUUUUAACCUGCUAGAACUUUAUGAGUAACCCCUAAACAGAUCUUAAUACAGUUGCCAGCGUUUUUAAAACUAGCCACACAUCGUUUCUGUGAAACAAAGCUGUGUAUAUUGUUUUGUGACCAAAAAAAAUCACAUGAAAUAAUGCCGAUGAUAACUAACAAUUCCUUCCACGUGAGACAUUUUUUAUGUUGGAAUAUUUAUAUUUUUUAAUACAUUAAAAAAAUUGAAUACGA